ACACGCAGUCUCUCUUAACCAGAGUAAAGUUGUGCUGCACACAGAUCAGACUAUCACACAGAGAACAGUUUUUGACCGAUACAAGGUUGACUUAUAACUCCUUUAAGUCGCCCCGACUCAUCUGCUUAAUGAUUCUCCUGUGUUUCUGUGGAGUUGCAUUAUCAGAGACAGACAUUCUCUUGGAUGGUCUAAGAAAUGCCUAUUUCUCAAUCAGUGGACGAGCUGGAUAUGGAGCUGGAGGUUGGUUUGGUUACGGUAAAAACCGAUACGCAGUAUGUGACAGCUUCGCGAGGACCAAGGAACCAACAAACUGGCUACGAACAGACUUUAUCGACGUAAAAGAUGCUAUACGAGUUGACAUUAUAGUUAACUACACAGUGCGCAAAUGCAGACCUGGCCAAACGUACUGCAAAGAGUAUUUUAAACUUUAUGGUUAUCAAACAUUGAAAACUUCCCCAAGACCAAACCCUUUGGUAACACCAUUUGACUUCCUCGCUAAGGCCAAGCCAACGAAUGUACCAGAUCGACCAACACGACCUGGGGAUUUCAAUCUGUUAAAAGUUUCUAUAAAGAUAAAACGUAAGGGGUUAUACCUUGCAUUUUACGAUCAAGGAUCCUGCUUGAGUCUUCUGAGUGUUCGUGUUUCAUUCAACUACUGCCCAGAAAUACAAAAACGUCUAGUGACAUUUGCACGAACUGCCUCGCCAUUCAGUGAUUCAAGCGCUGACCAAGUUGAAGGAAGGUGUACUGAUCAACAGUCCAGGAAUACUACUGUUCUGACUGCUACCUGCACGAGCCAGGGCAACUGGAUGAUAAAUGAUAAUGUACGAUGUUUGUGUCAACCAGGAUACAGAUACUCAAGUUAUCCAAAACCACGCUGCUGUUAAGCUUCAUAGGUCGAGUUCAAGACGCAGCUGGUCCCCCACUGCACGGCCAACAUAUAGUCUUAGUUUCCAGAAAUGCUAUUGCUCUUAGUUUCCAACAACGAUGAUGUUUGCUAUUAAUACAAAAUAGAAUUCAUAGUUUUAAGAAACAUUUUUGAUAUUAGAGCCUACGGGUUAUGAAUUGGAAAAUUUUCUAGUUAGUCCCAAACUUGUUUUGGAUUCUAAUUUAUAACAGGUAAAAAUAAAAGGAUAUUGAAAUAAACGCUAAUUGAUCAAUGAA